GCCCUUUCCCUUCAGCAGGGUUGUUGAGGCUGCUGUCAUUGUAUACCGAUGGCCGCACCUGAUCCGGAAGGGCGGGGUGAGCGCCUGGAGCCGAGCCCCCUGUCCCAGCGGAGGCUCGCCCAGCAAAGGGAGAGGAGCGGCGCGUCCUGCUGGAAGGGCGCUAAGACCCUGUAUCUGACGCGGAGGAAGCGGCGGGGAGGGACUGCGCGAUCUGCGGGAGCCGGUUUAAAGGUUGACGUUUGUGUGCCGAAGGAGCCGGGCGCAUCCAUCUGGCUGGUCCGCGCCUGAGCCGAGCGCGCUCGCCAGGGGGGCGCAGAGCGAGCGUCUUCUCCGCGGAGCGAAACGGGCGCCACGAGAACAGCCGCCUCUCCUUCGCCCAUUAAUGCCCUGGACCAUGGACAGGCUCAGCGUUUUGGAUCAGCUCCUCCCUGAGCUCAACGUACUGCUCAAGCUCUUGGACCACGAAUACUUGAGCUCCACCACAAUGGAGAAGAAAACAGCCGUCUCAAAUAUCUUGCAGAAGCUGCAGCCCCCUGCAGGGAAGGAAAUGAGCUACAUGUACGUGAAUACAGCGACCUUGCAUAAUGGCACAAGCUUUGUGGAGUCACUCUUUGAAGGGUUUGACUGCAACCUAGGCAAUCUUCAGGACAUGCAAGAGGAUGAUGGGGAGGUGAAAGAAGGCAUUAACUUGGAACUUUCAAGGAGCCAGCCUGCUAAAACGGUAUCUGGGGAGCCACCUCCACCAUUGCCCACCACUCCUCCUCCGGAAGAUUAUUAUGAGGAAGCCCUGCCACUGGGCCCAGGCAAAGCCCCUGAGUACAUCACAUCCCACAAUAGUUCCAGUCCCCCCAACUCCAUAGAGGAUGGGUAUUACGAAGAUGCAGAUAGCAACUACCCCCUCACCAGAAUAAAUGGAGAACAGAAAAACUCUUACAAUGACUCUGAUGCCAUGAGCAGCUCCUAUGAGUCCUACGAUGAGGAGGAAGAGGAUGGGAAAGGUCAGAGACUGACACACCAAUGGCCGUCAGAGGAAGCUUCCAUGAACCUGGUGAAGGACUGCAGGAUAUGUGCUUUCUUGUUGCGGAAGAAGCGCUUUGGGCAAUGGGCCAAGCAGCUGACGGUCAUCAAGGACAACAAACUCCUGUGUUACAAAAGCUCCAAGCAUCGGCAGCCACACCUUGAGGUGCCACUGAGCGUUUGCAACGUUGUCUACGUGCCGAAGGACGGGCGUCGCAAGAAGCACGAGCUGCGCUUCUCCCUGCCGGGCGCUGAGGCCCUGGUGCUGGCCGUGCAGAGCAAAGAGCAGGCCGAGGAGUGGCUGAAGGUGAUAAAGGAAGUGAGCAGCCCCAGUGGAGGAGGACUGAGUGGAACAGAAGUUCUUACAUCUCCUCUGCUUACCUGCAAGGUGGACCAUGACAAGAGGUCAUCUCAAGACAAACAGACAUCUGACUCGGACAGUGUGGCAACGGCAGAGAACGGCUCUUCCAUGGCUCGGAGAGAGGCCCAUGAGCAAGGGAAAGGCAAAAAAAGUGGCUUGGCAGACUUGAAAGGCUCUGUAAGUCGAGCAGCCGGGAGGAAAAUCACCAGAAUAAUCAGCUUCUCCAAGAAGAAACCAUCCCCUGAGGACACCCAGACAUCCUCUACGGAGGAAGACAUCCCAUGCUGUGGCUACUUGAAUGUUCUGGUUAACCAGUGCUGGAAGGAGCGCUGGUGUCGUUUGAAAGGCAACACCCUCUAUUUCCACAAGGACCGGACGGACUUAAGGACCCACGUGAAUGCCGUCGUCCUCCGGGGCUGUGAGGUGGCACCAGGACUGGGCCCCAAGCACCCCUUUGCGUUCCGCAUCCUUCGCAACGGCCAAGAGGUCUCUGCCUUGGAGGCGAGCAGCUAUGAAGACCUGGGGCGCUGGCUUGGGCUCCUGCUGGUUGAAACUGGCUCCCAGACAGCCCCAGAAGCCUUGCAUUAUGACUAUGUGGAUGUGGAGAAAAUCGCCAACAUCAUCAAUGCUGUGAGACACUCUUACAUGUGGGCCAGCUCCUCCCUUGAGAACCAAACAGAUGCUUCCCGUGUAUUAUACGAUGAAGUCCCCUAUGAGAAGGUGGAGCUGGAAAAGUCAGGGUGGCCGUCAGGGUCCCAGGUGAAGCGUCACGGCUCCUCUUGCAGCGAGAAAUCGCGCCGUGUGGAUCCACAAGUGAAAGUCAAGCGCCAUGCGUCAAAUGCCAAUAACUACAAGUAUGGCAAGAACCGUGCUGAGGAAGAUGCCAGGAGGUUCCUGACUGAGAAGGACAAAUUGGAGAAAGAGAAAGCUUCUAUCCGGAAUGAACUGAUGGGCCUGCGGAAGGAAAAGCGGGAGCUCCGAGAGGCUAUGAAGGGAAGCUCAGGGAAAGACCUGAAAGAGCUGGAGCAUCGUGUUGCGGCCCUGGAGGAUCAGUGCAAAGCCAACGAGGCCAGGCGCGUGGACCUUGAGCUCAAGCUCACGGAGGUGAAAGACAGGCUGAAGCAGUCGCUGGCAGGAGGGCCGGCUCUGGGGCUCACUGUGACCAGCAAAGCUGAAAACAAGGAGCCUGCGCCCCAGUCAAGUGGAAGCCCCCCUGAGCACCUGGUCCCGGUUAACUGCGCAGCGGAAAUGAGGAAGCGAAGCCCCUCCCUCCUUCCUGCCCACAAGGGGAAUGUGCUGCAGAAGGCCAAGGAAUGGGAAAUGAAGAAAUCAUAAAAGGGUCACUGGGCCUCCAUCUCCGGGAAGAACCCCUCUCGAGCAUUGGGACACAUUUGGGAAAGGCUAGAGCAGUGCAAGAGCCUCUCAUCCCUCAAGGAAACUGCAGAAGGAUGCUGGGGGACUUGGUUCUUCAGCAGGGAGAGCACCCACCCUCCCGCAAAUGAAGGAUUACCAAGCAAAACUGAUGUGGGUGAAAGGGGAGGGGAGGGGGGCUAA